CACGAACAAAUGUCCAUUUUUAAUGUCAAGGUAUUCGAGAUUUCAUUCAGAUUCAUUCAUAUAUUAAGUGUAUAAUCUAUGGAUUCAUUCAUAUCUUGUAGAUCCCGAAUAUAUUAAGUGUAUAAUCUAUGGAUUAGUCUGUGAUUCGUUUAUGAGUUGUCAGUGGUAGAAAAUUUCAGUUUUGAGGCUCAUACAUAAUGGCCACCGAGGUCGAAGAAACGAUCAAGAGGAUCCAAGCCCACAAAGGGGUGAUGGGUGUCGUCAUCGUAAACCACGAAGGUAUACCAAUCAAAAGCUCAUUAGAUAAUGCCACUUCAGUGUUAUAUGCUGGGCUUAUUGGACAGCUUACUGAGAAGGCCAGGAAUGUGGUUCGUGAAAUGGACUCCACAAAUGAGUUGACAUUCCUUCGAGUCAGAAGUCGAAGACAUGAGAUACUCAUUGCACCGGACAGAGAAUUCAUAUUAAUUGUUAUACAGAACACAUCGGAUUAAAUCUUUACUUACAAAAAACAGUAGGUUAAUUUAUAAUUAAAAUUAUUUUAUAUUGUUUUUCAGAACACUAUUUAUUAUAUACUGGAACAAUUCUCGAGCCCCCUAUGGUGAUUUUUCUGGCUCUUAGAAAUAAAUUUAGUGUGGUAGAUUUUUUUCACUGGUAGCGGUUAUAGGUCAUAAGUUUUUUAAUGGAAAUUAAUUUAUAACUGUUUAUUUAGAAGAUCAGUAGUUGAUGAUUAAAUUAAUGGCACUAAAUGCUUUUCAAACUAAUGUUAUUUUAGUAUUGGCGAUCACCAUAAGUGCAAUAUAUCAAUUUUUAAUAUAAUAAAAAAGUUUCAUAGAAAAGAAAUUACUCUAUUUUAUAAUUCAAUAGUUUGUAAGCGUAAUAAUCUUUGUUUAGAGCGUCUUUUAAAUUAUAAAAUUGCUACACUAAUAAAUAUUUGUACACCACAAAA